AUGCAGCGUCGAGAGCUGCGAGAAGUGCUCUCUCUGUUGCAGCAGCCAAACGAUUGCGUGAGUAUUUUAGCACGUCGUAUGUAUACACAACAGGUGACGCCUACUGAGAUGCUACAGUGUUCACUUUCUGACAAUCGCCGAGUAUUGCCCGAGCUCGGCCACUUUGUGGACUCGUUCCUGCCGAUACCUUUUACUACAAAUAACAAUAGCAUUGUUGCUCCACCAUCAUCGCUCGUGCGACACGCUUUCCGUUAUCCAGAAGCUCCGUGGUUGAGUCAUAUUGUACAACAGAACGGCUUCUCGGCGCUGCUAGCCAACAACUGGUGCGACUUACAAGACAAGACAGUGACAAUGGCAUCCAGGACCACAAUAACAAUACAACAUAUUUGUCGGCAGCAGAGCCGACGAAUAUAUUGGCUCAUUAUGCACGUACUGCUUGAUGCGUUGCUGUCAUUAUGUGCCCAGAGACUUGGACUAGCUCCUGACGCCUGUAGAUGGCGUCCGCUGCAGCUCAAACCCAGAUUUCAUGCCAUGACGUGCCUUCCAGUGUGGCCAUCCCUGCUGCCGUUUGCAGCACUGAUUGGAAUUCCAUUCCGGACGACGUAUAACAAGUGCGGUGACGGACGUGAUGUGGCAAGUUUGGUAAGAGUUGCAAGUGAUAGAAUGCUACUCUGUUGCAAAAAUGCGAAAGUUGACAAAAAGUCGGUGGACUCGCACCUUGACGACCAACUACUGGAAUAG